ACCCAACUCUGAAUGCUACGCUAGCUUCCUCACUGGGUAUACGAUGAAUGCAGCUUUCACAACUCUUCAAUGACAACCUCUUAAUCCUCUAACUUUGCACGAGAUUGAAACAUGGUUUCUCCAUCUGCUCCGUAUGAGCAGUUUACCUUCUUCCGCACCACCUUUCCCGCUCUAUUUGUUGCGCAUGUCGAGACAAAUCGACCAGGUAAAUUAAAUGCCUUCAAUCAUGAAAUGUUCCACGAAAUUCGCCAAGUCUUCAAUCUCCUGUCAUACGAUCCCAACGUCCGUGUAAUCGUAUACUCUGGCGCUGGACCCCGCGGAUUCUGCGCCGGGCUUGAUGUAGAAGAGUCGUCCUCCACCGGCCCAGUGGGUGCCCCAAACACGGACAGGGACUUUCCACGACAGUCAUGGGACGUUAGAAGACAUGCCCUAAGCUACCAAGAAUCCGUGACAUCGCUGGAGCGCUGCGAGAAGCCCAUCAUCUGCCUCAUGCAUGGUGUUGCCUUUGGGGCGGGGAUUAACUUUGCUACAGCCGCCGACGUGCGCUACGCGACGAGAGACAUGAAACUAUGCCUACAGGAGAUUAACGUCGGUUUGGCUCCUGAUGUAGGAGCCCUUUCCAGAAUGCCCAAGCUAGGCGUCUCCUAUUCAUGGACAAAAGAAGUCAUUUACGCGGGCAAAGUGGUGGGAGGUGACGAGGCGCUGCGUGUUGGCCUCGUCAGUAGGGUGUUUGAUACCAAGCAGGAAAUGGUGGAAGCGGCGCUGUCUUGGGCCAAAGAGGUAGCGACAAAGAGUCCUGUUGCUGUGCAAAGCGCAAAGGCGCUCUGGGAUUUUAGUAGAGAUCGCCCAGUCGCAGAUGGUCUCCUAUACACAGCGGCGUGGAAUGGCACGAUGGUGCUCUCUGAUGAUACAAAGAAGGGCAUUACAAGCGCGUUGAAGAAAAGAAAACCAACGUUUGAAAAGUUGUAAAAAUAAAUACUACGAAAUACUACGAAAUACUACGAAAUACUACGAAAUACUACGAAAUGCUACGAAAUGCUACGAAAUGCGACCAAAUUUCAUAGGUAACAUUAUGAAAGGCCCUCAUGUAGUAUAGGGUUUAGCUUGGUGAUGUCAUCUAAUCUAGACCCAGAAUGCGGUCGUAUAAAGAAGAACUAGGUCAAACCAAGUACAGCGCCGGCAUAAAAAUACUAAAAUUCAAAUUCAAAAGGCACCAAAUUAAA